AAUGGAAUCAUCGGUCUGCCCCUCAGACCGCAUAACUUCACUACUCCAACUUUGCGCACCUUGUCAAGCAGCAAUUCGAAGCGGGGAUGUGCAGCAUAUUACGCGCUCAAAUCUCGAGGCAUCGCACCACGGCGCAACGCACAUAUGGUCUUGCGCACUUUGCAGUACCAUAAUCUCGUCAGAGCAGCCAUAUAGCUUCCAUGGAUCGGGACUGAUUGCAUGGUUGAAGAAUGUCGAGAAAGGGCUAAGGGCUGCUGCUACUAGACGACGAUUGAAAAAUCUCAACUUCCAUCAACUGGGCAGGUCGCCAUUAUUGACAAAAGAAUAUAUCUCCGGAAAGCAGCAGUUCUCACCAGAGCCACCGAUUGGGGAUAUAACGGAUAUCAUCCUACUAGUGGACGUACUCGACCGAACUGAAUCAAAGUUCGAGAAUGAUGAUCUGGAAACACUACUAAAAACCGGCAAUCAUGACAGGAGGCUUGGGCAUCCAAUACUUCGAAAGGUACCACGGAAGUGCAUUGAUACGGACCUGUUGAAUAGAUGGAUCGCCUAUUGCGAACAGCAUCACGACGGAUGCCAGCAUGCGUCAAAGCAAGCAGAAACGGACAUGCCCAUGAUCUUUAUCGACGUGAAGAAGAGGAAGCUGGCUCGGUUGUCUUCAAGGACUCGUUAUUUUGCGCUUUCCUAUGUUUGGGGCAAAGUGCAGCAAUUCCUCCUCACCCAGGCCAGCGCCGACCGAUUGAUGGUGGACUAUUCGCUCGACGACCACUGGAAGGAGAUAUCUGCAGUACUUAUAGACGCAAUGUUGCUCGUGCAAGCGCUCGGAGAGCAGUAUCUGUGGGUGGACACUUUGUGUAUUAUACAAGAUAGCCCCGCUCGUUUCGAAGACAUUGGCCGAAUGGACAAGAUUUACAGGGGCGCGGUGUGUACGCUGAUCGCCAUGGAUGGCCAGGAUGCGUCGAGUAGCUUGCCAGGCGUUUUACCCAACUCCAGAAACACGGCAGUGUUUUGCAAGAACGGAAAUGUCCAUAUUGGACGGAAGAGAUCAGAGCUUGCGAGUGUAUUCAGGGAAUCCCUAUAUGAACGUCGAGCGUGGACGUUCCAAGAGCGAUUUCUUUCCAUCCGACGACUCUACUUCACGAAUGAGCAGGUGUACUUCCACUGUGAGAAUGCACUCUGGAGUGAAGACCGGUAUGAGUAUUUCCAACAGAGCGUUGAUCCGCUCGGUCUCUCUCCAAGUCUGACUUGGACUCCAGGGGAGACGAACAUGUCGCAUAAAGAAAUGCGGUACGCGUAUUAUCAAUUAGCUCGACAGUACUCGCAGAGGUUGUUCUCUUACGAAAAAGAUCGCUUGAACGCCUUUGGAGGAAUCACUAGCUCUAUGAUCCGGGAAUGGAGCUGGCCGUUCUCUUGUGGAAUACCGAUCCCUUCCCUGGAUGGGUCUUUACUUUGGAUGUCAUCGGAGUUGAAACCAGCUAGAGUCGCUUCGGACGAUGAAUCAUUGAUACUUCCCACAUGGUCUUGGGCAUCUAUCACAGGUGGUGUUCACUUCCGAAUAUCCAAGAACGUCGAUGAGCAUUACAUCGACGAAUUUGGAAUCACGACCCCAUCGGGCAAGCUCGACAUUUACAACGUAGGACUGAAAAAAGCGCGGAGUCCUAGCAUAGUCGACAUCCCCAGGACGCAAGAAAGGAGGACCUCAACAGUAGCAACGGAUGUGAGUCUUCGAGCCAUACUGGAAACCCUGGAUAUCACUCUACCCCGACCGCCGAACUUGCUCGUCUUUCAAAGCGAAAAGACCUCUUCCACGAGAUAUUCUCUCUAUCCAGCGAGGCUUUUACCAGGAGAGAAGUGGGCACACGACGCUAUCCCAAGAAACCGCGUCCAUCGCAUCAUGGACUCGCUCCAAAGGGCAUGUGGUCUUCUCGUCUUCAACAAUGUCAUACCGAAGAUGGAUCGCAAAGCUUGUCAAUACGUCCUCAUUUCUGGGACCUCCAAGGGUCCGUUCGUCAAUCAGCUGGAUGAUGAUCUGAAUGAGGAGAAUAUCGAUAAUACUUUCCAUCAUAGCUUUUAUGGGAAAUUCCCACAGAGCGUUUGCAAUGUUCUACUGGUUCAGGAAACGAAGGAUGGGUGGGCGGAGAGGCUGGCGGUGGGGCAGAUUCAUGCUUCUGCGUGGGCGGAUGCCGAGCCUGAGUUCACGACAGUUGUGCUUGGGUAG